CUUGUUUCACGCAGACGCUCGUCGGACACACACACACACGCUCCUCCAUUCAUCCUCCUCCUAGCGUCUUUCUCUGCCGGUCAAACGCGACUUUUAGCCAGCCAUGUCAGGCUCAACUACCCCGCCUCCCUCUGCGGAGGCUGAGGGGUGUUUUCCUCCGGGUUACAAGCCGUUCAAGCCGGAGGAGCACGGCCUGGAGCGCGGCUUCCGUCUCACGGGCUUCUCGGAGCUGAAAGGAUGAGGCUGUAAGGUCCCGCAGGAGGCUCUGCUCAAACUCCUGGCGGGACUGGAGGCGGACCCGGACCGGGCCGACGGGACGGCAGGCAAGGCCGGAGACCAAGCGUCGGAGUUCGGCCAACAGUUACCGGCGGGCCCCCGACUCGGUGUAGGGAUGGACUGCUGUGUGAUUCCUCUGAGGCAUGGAGGGCUCUCACUGGUCCAGACCACAGACUUCUUCUACCCUCUAGUGGAGGAUCCUUACAUGAUGGGCAGGAUAGCGUGCGCUAACGUCCUCAGUGAUCUCUACGCCAUGGGCAUCACAGAGUGUGACAACAUGCUGAUGCUGCUGAGUGUCAGCCAGAAGAUGAAUGACAAGGACCGUGAGCGGGUGAUGCCGCUGAUAAUUAAAGGGUUUCGUGAUGCAGCAGAGGAGGGAGGGACUUCUGUGACAGGUGGCCAGACGGUGAUCAACCCCUGGAUCAUCGUAGGAGGAGUGGCGUCAGUCGUCUGCCAGCCUAAUGAGUUCAUCAUGCCGGAUGGUGCUGUGCCAGGGGACGUCUUGGUACUAACUAAACCUCUGGGGACGCAGGUGGCUGUGAAUGCUCACCAAUGGCUCGAUCAGACUGAAAGGUGGAACAAGAUCAAGCUAGUCGUCACAAAAGAGGAAGUAAAGGAGGCCUAUCAGGAAGCCAUGUUCUCCAUGGCGACGCUAAACCGCACAGCGGCAGGCCUAAUGCACAAGUUCCAGGCUCACGCUGCAACAGACGUGACAGGUUUUGGGUUGUUGGGGCACGCAAACAACCUAGCAGCACAGCAACGAAACGAGGUGGCCUUCGUCAUCCACAACCUACCAAUCUUAGCCAAGAUGGCUGCCAUCAGUAAAGCCUGUGGAAACCUGUUCAACCUGGUUCAGGGCACGUCGGCAGAGACUUCUGGUGGGCUGCUGGUGUGUCUGCCCAGAGAGCAGGCGGCCAAGUUUUGCUCGGAGAUGAAGAGCCAGAACUCCGGAGCUGGAGGUCAGGGGGCGGCGGGCGGAGCGUGGAUAAUCGGAAUUGUAGAGAAAGGCGACCGCCGCGCUCGCAUUAUUGACAAGCCCCGCAUUAUCGAGGUUCCACCACGAGGAAGCCAGGCAGCAAAUCAGGACAACAACUCCACCAGCCCUGCUCCGAGCCCCAAUCUGUCAUAGACACUGCCGCCCCUCUGACACUGGCCUGGUGUGUGUGUGUGCGCGCGCGUGUGUGUGUGUGUGUGUGUGUGUAAUGUGUAUGUUUGAGUGUGUGUUCAUGUUGCUGUCCAUCUCAUCCCUCUUUUCAGUCUAAAUGCUGAGAGCACACAGACCAAAAUCUCUGUCAUCUUUUCCAGCGGGAGAGCAUACACUAUUAUUUAUCCAUCUUUGGAAAGAGCUAGGCCCACCUUUCACCAUUUUGAAAUUAUUUGUAAAUUCUGGGUAGUGUAUGCUGUGCUACCACACCCCCUCUUAUUUAGAUCUGCAUUCCCUGCCUUUCACUCAUUUAUAUAUUACGUCUCGAUGACUUUCAAUUCUGAAACGAAAACAUUCCAAAUCAUUCUUGCCAAUUAAUAAUGAAAAUUGUAUGUAAAUGUGUGUAUGUGUUUGAGUAUUUUAUCAUUUGACUGGGGUGCUUUGCUGUGGGGACGUGGAAAAAGAGGUUUCUGUCGGCUUUUCUUUUGCGAAGUGGAUGAUGUCAAUGUUCAUUCAUGUCGGUGAAUGUAUCACGUGGAAAAAAGAAAUGGUUCAUCGGUCCUGGCACCUGGCUCUGCCCACGCGGCCCAGAGGAAGGCUUGAGCAGCUUCCUUUUGGACCAGCUGGGCGGCGUUCAGAAUGUCUGUUAGUGUCAGCUGAUUGGCUGUCCAGCACCAAGUCCCUCCCACCCUUCCUUUUUAUGAAGCUCUGCCUUUAAACCCCAGAUAACGGGGGCAGGUGGAGUGGAUGUUUGCCUUUGGAUUGGGGUCGGUCUUCGACUGCUGGAGGUCUAAAGCUGUCUGUGUUUGUAGAUUUCCUGCUUUUCACAAUCAAUAAAACCAUCAUCAACUCACA